AUGACCGACUAUAUUCGACGUCUGGUCUCUGGCAACAAAGCCAGAUUUAAGGACGGAAAACUGAACCUUGAGCUUGAUUUAGUAUAUAUUACAGAUCAGGUCAUUGUCAUGGGAUACCCCGCUAUAGGCUUAGAAGGACUCUAUCGCAAUCGCAGAGAAGAUGCCAAGAAAUUUCUAGAGCACCGUCAUGGCAAUAACUUUUGGGUCUUCAAUUUUUGUCCCGUGAAAGAAAACGCUUAUCCAGCUAGUGUAUUCGACGGACGAGUUAGCAGAUACCCUUUUCCAGAUCACCAGUGCGUAUUAGAAUGCUCCAGUGCACCUCCUCUUGCUUUACUACCACUGGUUUCCCGCGAAAUAAAUGCCUGGUUAUCUGAAUCUCGCGAUCGCGUGGUCGCUCUACACUGUAAAGGUGCCCACAGUCAGAUAUCUAUCUUUGACUAUACUAUAUUGAUAUCUUGUGCAUUCUUCAAAUCAGCCGGGAAAGGCAGAUCAGGAACUUUAGCAUGCACGUAUCUGCUUUCUCUUGACGUCUCCCCUUCCGCUCCGCGCCUCGAGCGCAGCUAUUCUGCCAAAGAGUGGGCUCGAGUGCGUGCAGACGAAUGGAUGGAGGUAAUGCCCGACGACAACGAUACUUCGCAAGGAGAGGAUAAGAAAGACAUAUUGCAUUCACUCAUCGACGAUGAUAGAUCUCAAGUCGAAGAAAAUGGGAAAAAUAAAAAUGGACAUGAAAUCCAUGAAUCUCACUCCGAAAACUCAGCAGCGCUCGCUCCCAGCAGUCCAACUCAUGAUCGAACGGAAUUAGGGACAAUGAAGAUACUGCCUACUUCAUUGAAGGAUGUUCUGGAUCUGCACACCUCGCGCCGGAUGCAAAGUCCAAGCCCUUCUAGCAAAGGAAAGCAAGGAGUAAGUAUCCCGAGUCAAAGACGCUGGUUAUACUACUGGUCGCUACUAUUGGCGAAUCAGGGUCCGCUCGAUUUUUGGCCCAUCAGCACACCUUCGACUAGAGAUGCACCAUCGCCGAAGGUUAGACUGAGUCAAAUCAAGCUGCGCAUGAGGGAGUUGUCUGGUUUAAAAUUGCAACUGAUCAAAGCGGCUAGUAUGGUAAUGGAUCGGGCGGGUUAUGGAAGAAAGGGUUAUGAGAAAGGGCAUGUAUGGGCGUCAUUGGCGAGAUAUGACGAUGAGAUGGUGGAAGGGUUGGAAAAGUUUGAACGAUUGACGCGUCACGAGAGUGGUAAUAUAGGAAAACGAAACACGGAAAGUGGGCAUAUUGGCGACGAAAAGCUGGAGGAGUUCUUUGCCGAUGGGACAUGGGACAAUCAGAAGAUGGUCCAUAGCUUUGCGCGGAUGGGUCCAGUAGGUGAAUUGUCUGUUCAAAAAGGCGAGUCCAGUGAUGCUGAGAAGACCGUCACCUAUAUUUUACAGCCUCUGUCUCGGGCGAGUUGGGUGAAGAUUAGAAAUGAAAUUCCGCGAGAGCAACCCAAUGGCUUAGUUGAUAACUCAGUACCUUCAGAGGCCAAUUCUAUGUACGACGCAACACAGGUUAGCCAUGAAGAUGGGAUAAUUUUGGAAGCGAACCGCGAAGUACGCAUCAAGCUUUACAUGGGACAAGUAUUCAUGGGAUGGUUAUGGAUAAUACCGGCAUUUCAUAUCCCACGCGCUUCACCUCAAGAUAACUCUAUAACACGCCUACUCUUCACACGAAAGGAUAUUGACUUUCCCUUGGGCAUUGGCUCAUCACUUGUAGACGUUGAGGUGACACUAGAGUGGUGUUCUGAAUUGGAGGCCUCGCAGCUUGUCGACAGUGUUGCGAGUGAUGCUUCGAAAGAGGCAUCGGAGCCGGCUGAAAUGGCUUCGGACAUCCCAGCUAUCGCCACAAGAAGUGUAGAAGCGAAACAGGCUGCAGGGGACUGA